AUGGUUAGCAACACUGCCAUUAUCAUCAUUGUGCUUGUCGCUUCACUCGGGUCCGUGUCACUGGCGGCUGCGUUUUUUGGCAGCAUAAUUGACAAUGAUUAUGUUGUUCGCAUGGAUCCAUCAAUGGAGCAGCGUCAAUACAUGCGAGACGCUCGACUGAGAAAUCUACUUCGACUGGAGGCGGAAUUCAAACCCAGACCGUGGAGACCAAAGUCAAACCUGGUGGAUAUUGAAAACGAAAACCAAUCCACAAUGAGCGAGGAUAUGGAGGAAUAA